UUCUAAUCGAGCAGCUUCAGAAACUUGGCAACCGUUGUUCUCUGUAUCAGAAGUAUUUCAGGAUUCUAAUAGGAGUUCAAUCUCAGGGAGACUCAAAUUUUUUUCAAAAAGAUGUUAACUGCCAGUACCACUAUGAGUGCACCUACUUUGCCAAUAGUGAGAGCAGAGGCUGAAUGCCUGAAGCAAUUCAAGCCAAUAGUAUCUGUUGGCCUCCAGCCGCUUGGCAUGCAGUCUCAAUUUAUUAACAAUGGAAGACACUUGAUAUGUCCUGUUCAAGAAAAGAGUGCUUCCAUAAUAUGUGUUGCUGCUCUGAGUGCCAGAUGUGCAACUAAAGGGCAGAUGCAGACUCUUACAAGGGAAAAUUCAACCAUUACAGUUGCACCAGGUAAUUUUUUCAUGUUCUUUGCAGAAACUGGUGGAACAAAAGGAACGGAUAUAAAACAAUCUAUGUUUUACGUUGUAGCUGUUUUCACUGUUAUGCUUAUGGUUAGUGGUGUCUGCAACCCGUCCUGUUGUUUUAGAAAGCAGUGUUAUUAAAAGCCAUCGUUUCGUUUCUUAAAAGCGAUGCACAAUGCCGCUCUGCACAUUUUUCAGCAAUUUUAUCCACCAAAAAAUGAGCAGCCAUGCUUAUAUUCUAUAAAGAUCCUGUGCAGAGUAUCAUUUGAUGCUGAUAUGUCUGGGUUGAAUGCAGA